CCGGCGCGCAUGCGCGCUGCUGCUCCUUCCCCUUCCCGCCCCCUCGCUCUCCCCUGCGGUUCGGUUUUUUCCUCCAUUUUGUGCUGCGGCUGCGGCUCUCCCGCGUUGUUUUCAUCCCGCCUCGCCCCGCCCGCGCGAGUCCAAACCGCGGCCCAUGGCGGAGAGUCACUCAGCGGCCGGGCUGGGGGAGUCUGCGUCCCUGGGUGGCCUUGGAGUCCCCGCUUCGGAGUGUGAAAGCCGGCGGCGGCCGCUGAGCGAGCUGCGCGUGAUAGACCUGCGGGCCGAGCUCAGGCACCGCAACUUGGACAGCGGCGGCAACAAGAGCGUCCUCAUGGAGCGGCUCCGGAAGGCUAUUGAGGAAGAAGGAGGGAAUCCUGAUGAAAUUCCAGUGGUUUCGGAAAACAUCAUGAAGAAAACUCCGAAAAGAAGUAGCAAAGGUACAGGGUAGUUAGAGGGGCUUUCUACCCUCUCAUCCUUGAAUUUUCAAGUAACUAUUCAUUAAAUGGAACCUUGCAAAUCUUUUUUUUCUGUUACUGGUACUCUUCCCCACAUUUGUGGUCAGUUUUCAUGGGAUGGGUGGUACAAUAUUAAACUUAGCAGUCAUUUAUUCACAGAAUUUCAUGUGAUUUAGUAAGGCAGGAAAUGGUCUACACAAAGAAUCUGCUUGUUUAUUCUCAGAAUUCGCUGAAAUUUGUAUCAGGAAUUAGUGAAUAAACUGAAGCAGCAUCAGUGUUUUUAAUAGUUAGUUUUUUAAUGGGACUGUACCUUUUGAGAAAAGGUGCUGUUUUUUUUUGUAGAAAUGCAGAGUUUCUAGUAAGUGCAAAAUAAUCCGUGUAAUCUUGUGCUUCAUUGCUUGCAGACUAAAAUGUGAAAUUUUGACCAGACAGAGAGCAAAUGUCUCAACUAUGGGCAAAAGCAGAGAUUUUUUUGUAAUCAUGUUUAUUUUCAAGUCUCAGAAGAUACCUAAUAUAUAUUACAGAACUUCUAGUGUUGGGAUGGAAAUAGAUGUGGCUCUAAAACUCCUUUCACUUUUCAGUUGUAAUGUGCUUGUAGUUUUUGAGAAAAAUAAAAUUCAUGAAAGAUCGAAAAAGAGUUGCUCAGCUCUGAGUUUGAGGAGUUGCUCUUUGGUGCUGAAGCUGGUGUAGUGUUUUCA